CUUACUUCUUUCUAUUUGCUAUUUUGAAGACUUCUCUCGUGUACCUGUACAAAAUAGUGUCUAUUCACGGACAAUGCCAACCCUUGCUGCUUCCUGUUGAAAGACAAACAAACAGCUCUAAUUGAGACCAGUGACUCAUUUUACAGCAUUCUGUGCACACGUUUCACUGUCGAGGGGUUGGACUGGGAGACAAGGAUUCCAUCCUAGCUGUCUCUUGGAUACAGCAGUUGCUGAUCAUUCUUCCUACAUUUCUUUCGAUCAUCAUGAAGCAGCGGUUAGCGGUCGUGGCUGUGCUAUUAGCUACGCUAGGCUCCCUGUCACGUGGUUAUCAAAAUGGCGCCCCAAAGGAUGCGUGUGUCAGCAUGUUUCCACGACACCAGGCCGAGGCUCAAACAAGUCCGUCGCCUUACAAUAUUAUACUGAACACUGCUACAUACACUCCAGGCUCCAACAACACUGUUGCAGUGCUUCUGACUUCACCUCAGCAGACAUUUGCAGGAGUGCUGGUGGAGGCGAGGUCAGCUGCAGACUGCGGUAACACAAACCCUAUCGGCACUUUCCUGCUGGCCACAAAUGAAAGGGACUUACAGCUGCUCAGCUGCAUGGCAGCUGGAGAUGCCGUGACUCAGAAGAGCUCUCUCCUUAAAGCUACAUCUAAGGUCUUCUUGUGGCACCCCCCUGUCCAGAGCUCGGGCCCCGUCUACUUCAGAGCCACCGUAGUGAAGUCCUAAGGCCGUCUUCUGGACAUCAGUGGUGUCAUCCGUGCUCAGCGACACCACGCAGCGCAGCAACCUCUCCUUCUCUACCCCUCCCUGCUCCAGUCAGACGACGGCCACCACCGCUGCCCCCACCGCCGCCACCCCCACAACC